CUCAAGAUGGCGCUGCACCUGGUGCGGAAGGCGCGCGGAUGCCGUAGCUUCAUUCGGACAUUUCACGGAGGAGCCGUUGCGGAUCCCGUUCCCCAGAAUAAUGGCAUGCAUCGGAUAUUCUCUGGCAUCCAGCCUACAGGGAUCCCUCAUCUGGGCAAUUACCUGGGAGCCAUUGAGAGCUGGGUGAGUCUACAGGAAGAAUGCAGCUCUGUCCUAUUCAGCAUUGUGGAUCUUCAUUCCAUCACUGUCCCCCAAGAUCCAGCUGUUCUUCACCAGAGCAUCUUGGACAUGACUGCUGUCCUGCUUGCCUGUGGUAUAAACCCAGAAAAAAGCAUUCUUUUUCAACAGUCCCAGGUGCCAGAGCACUCAGAACUGAAUUGGAUCCUUGGAUGUCUGGUCAGGAUGCCACGGUUACAAAAUUUACCCCAGUGGAAGACGAAGAAUGCUAGCCUGAAACAAGAGGGGACAGUGGGUCUGUUCACGUACCCGGUACUUCAGGCUGCAGACAUUCUGUUAUACAAGUCCACACACGUCCCUGUUGGGGAAGAUCAAGUCACACAUAUGGAACUGGUCCGAGAUCUAGCACAACGUUUUAACAAGAAGUAUGGGGAGUUCUUUCCGGUACCCAAAUCCCUUUUAACCUCUACAAAGAAGGUAAAAUCACUCCGAGAUCCUUCGGCCAAAAUGUCAAAAUCGGACCCUGACAAACUAGCCACCAUUAGGAUAACAGACAGUCCAGAGGAGAUUGUGAUGAAAUUUCGUAAAGCUGUCACAGACUUUACUUCAGAGGUGACCUACAACCCAUCCACCCGAAUGGGUGUCUCCAACAUGAUAGACAUUCAUGCUGCAGUGACGGGUCUAACAGUAGAAGAAGUUAUCCACCAGAGCGCUGGUCUUGACACUGCUCAGUACAAAAAUGUGGUGGCAGAGGCUGUUAUUCAGAAAUUUGCACCAAUUAAGAGGGAGGUUGAGAGACUGAAGAUGGAAAAAGACCACUUGAGAAAGAUUUUACAGGUUGGGGCAGAAAAAGCCAAAGAACUAGCAAAGCCGGUGUGCCAAGAAGUCAAGAAAUUGGUAGGUUUUUGAUAGGACCAUGAUCAAUUAAUGAAUAUCUCUAAUGAAGGCAGCUGACCUCGUACACAGAAAACUGUAUUAUUUGUGACUGUUUUGUUAGGCCACCCCAAACUCCUGGUUUCAGAUGAGGAAGCUAUGUUUUGGGACCUUAAAUAAGUGUCACUUUUCCAAAUCUCGUAAACAAAACUUUGCCAUCAGAGACAAAAAAAAAGAAAAUUAAAGCAGUAAGCAUGGCUAAAUAAUCAAAAAUCCCAUGCUGCUGCUGCUGCUUCUUCAUCUUCUUCUUCUUCUUCCUUUUCUUCUUCCUUCUUCUUCUUCCUCCUUCUUCCUUUUCUUCUUCCUUCUUAAUAUUCUUCCUUUUCUUUUUCUUCCUUAUUCUUCUUCCUUCUUCCUCCUUCUUCCUUUUCUUCUUCCUCCUCCUUUUUCUUCUUCUUCUUCUUCCUUUUUGGGGUCAGGGUUCAAGUAAUCCUGCAAGUUUGGAGGGGAUUUUUCCCCCACCAAUCUCCAUCUGGUUCAUUUUACAAAAGUAAUUUUGAAUAGAUCAGGAGCAUAUUCUUGGUCCGACCUCUUCCAUGAGGGUAGAGGGCAAGAGUUUGGAAGGCAGAAAAAUCAUUUGGAUAGUUAGGGGGACAGAGGAGGAAUAAGCAUUUAUAACACCUACUAUGUGCCAGGCUACAUAUUUGGAUUAAAAGUUCUUGCUCUUUAUAAGUUGCUUAGCUGAUUAUUUGUAAUGCUUAGCACAAUUCUUUGCACAUAGUAAGAGCUUAAUAAAUGCAUUCUUCAUUCAUUUGAUUUAUUUAACAGCUUUCCUCUCAAGGACACACAGUUAAACAUUAAGUAAGACACUGAAGGUCAACCUGUAUAUGGAAUGUUGUUCUUCAAGAAUAUUACAGCCAACUUUUGCCAAUAUUUUUAACCAAGAAGCUAAAUCAAAAAACAUCUAUAUGAUAAAUUAUCCAGAAAGUGAGGGUGUGCUUUUUUUUUUAUUCUUCUGGUAUAUUUUAUGGGCAACUGAAACUGAUGAACCCAGCCAGCCAUCUGUGUCGUAUCAGUCAGGCAGUUCAGAUUUCUAUAUAGUAUCAUCUGGGGGCAAGUCUACCUCACCCUCAACCCAGAACACACUGUAGGCUCUCAAUAAAUAUCUAAUGAAAGAUAGAAAAUAGUCCAGAUAUUCUUCACAAAGUAAAAAGCAUUUUUUUUUUAACUUGGCAAUUUCUAUCAAUGCAUGUACUCAUAGUUCACAUCCAUAGGAAAGGGAAUCAUAAGAAACAGACAUUUCCUUUCUUCAACUCUUAGAGCUUCCUCGAAGACGUUCAGGGACAUGCAUCACUGGUCAUUCCAUCUUUGUAGCCUUUUGGAAUGCUUUCCUAGGAGGUAUGUAGUGCCACUUUGUCUCUCUCUCUCUCUCUCUCUCUCUCUCUCUCUCCAGAUUCAUUGUUAGUUUGAAGGGUUAUAGCUUAUUACCAUGUCUCCUAGAUCUAUCUUAGUUCACUAACAAACAUUUGGCGUCACGACUUCAAUCUCCACACUCAGAUGGACAGAGUAUUUGGAUGUUGGUAAAAAAAAAAAAAAUGUUGAGUUUAGCAAAUGUAAGUUAAUAUCUUGCUUGCAUUCCUCUGACCCCGAACCAAAUUCACAGUUAUUCUCUUUUGGAAAUUUGCUCUUCGGAACAGAAGAGAGAGACAAAACAUAAUAUAUUUUUAUGUCUCCCAUCUGAUGUUUUGUGACCAUAUUCAGAAUUGGCAGGGAUAAUUUUGCAAAUUUAUUGCAUCCAUUCACAACAUAGAAUCCAAGUUUUCAUUUCAGGUUUUGAAAUGAAAGAGACCAAUCAACGAGUGACCAUCUUUAAUACCUACCACUCAAUUAACCCAUUUCUGUGUCCUAUUGGAGAACCUAUUGAGAACGACUGAAGGUAGUAGUAAAGGGACUCCCUAGAAAGGCCUCAGAAAUUGAGAGCUGCCCCAAGAAGGGGUGACUUGGCCGAUGACCAACUGACAUUUGACUAGCCCAGUUAUAACAAUGAAAAAUGAACUCUAGAAAAAGGCAUGUGUAGAGUGGAAACCAGAGGCCAAUAUGGGUGGGCAGGAGAUCUCUUCUGAUAUAUAGAGAGGCGUACCAGAAGAAGUCUCUUGCACCUGAACGGAAAGCAAGUACUCACCAGGCUACGAGACCACAGGCAGAUUUUAUGACAGCUCUGAGGGAACAAACCUUUCCUCUCCUACGCUCUUGGUAGAAAAAUAGCCAACAGUGGAAUUUUUGAAGUUGAUGGUUCCCCAGUGAAUGAUCUUAUUUUUUCCAUUGAUUUUAUUGCCUGCCUUUUUCCAAUGCUUUUGUAAUACUUGCUGUUUCUUAUUCAUGAGAUCCUUAAGGCUCCCACAUGCUCAGUACUGAGGAGGCAUGAACUGUUACAGCUUCCUGCUGACCAUAGCCCUUUGAUAAUCACACAGCCACCAUGUGUUUGACCCCAAGAGCAUCCUAGAAACCAUGCUUUUUACUCUUCAGAUCCAUGUUGAUGCCAAAGCCUGCUGCUGCUGCUUCUGCUUCUACCAUCUGGGGUGGAUCUGUUCCUUCAUCUACACAAGCUGCUACAAAAAUCCCACUUGUCUCUUCUCUAUUACACUCUUCCUAGUAGAGCCUUCCUGUCUUCAGCCUAGUCCUUCUCCUUACAGAAAGUACCAGUCAAGAUCCUCCUUGCCUCCUGUUAUUAUCUUUGAGCCCCAAAUGUGACUUCCUAUCCCUUCUUCAUACCCAGCUUUCCUUUUCUCUCUGCUGUCUCCUUCAUACAGUCACUAGAACCCCCCAGCCCAUUGAUCCCUUAUACCCUCGCUACUUCUUUAGUCUUUCUUCUCAUCCCUCAUCCCUGUCUUGUACAUCUUGAACAGCUUCUCAGAGAUCACACCACCUAAUUACUUUUCAAUAAGUCCUUUUUGCAGAUGCCCUUCUAAGAAGCAUAUCCCAAAACGCUUUAGACACUUUGAUUAGCUGAGAAGGGAAGCAUUAACAAUCCCAUUUUAUCCAUCCUAACCCAAAAAUGUCAACCACUGCCACUCCUCUGAAAUUCCUGUAUGUGUGCAUAUUGUGUCUAUAUAUGUUUUAUAUCAUGUAAUUAUGUAAUACAGAUUAUAGAAUAUAAUA